AUGGAGACCCAGAUCCUGUUUCAAUUGGAUCCAUCAUCAAUAAUGCCAAAGAGCGGUUGUCAGGGAUGUGGAAGAGAGGAAAUAGAGAAGGGAUGCAAUGGAGAGGGAAGAAUUCAAGGUGGGAUUGCAACUGUUCCUAGGUUCGGUUGGUGGCCAAUAAAGGCUUGCAGACCCUGUCCUGGAUUUUUAGCAUCUGGUGGCACGAUUUUAUGCUCGUUUUUUGAUAAGUUGGCUAGAAGGAGGAGAAGGGAGACAUUGGAGAGAAAUGAGCAGACUGGCAAAGCCAACCCAAAGGCACUCAAGAGGGCACCUCCUUGCCUUCCCAAACGGGCCACAAGCAGGGACCAUAGAACUUUAAUUCAAGAAACCGCCAACGGUGACCGACUUUUAAACAUAAAUGAGAUCGAGAGCGACCUUAAGGGAGAUGAUGUCCUGACGUCGGACUCUUCAUCUUGA